AUGAUUGCUGACACCAUGAAGCUGUUGGUGGUUCUAUUAGUUGCUGGAAUUGCAUUGGCCGAAAAUCCAGAAGGUACUAGCUUCAGUUUUAAAUAAAGGAGAAAUACAAGGUUUCUUAUUAAUUGAAAAAUAGUCUACCGUCUGAAAAAGACACCUUCUUACCCUAAUGUAAAGACCCCUUUUUUCGCAGAUCUUUCCGGCUAAUGCUAAACAUGCGUGGCAGAUUGCCUGAUUAGUUUUAAAUUGACUGAUUGAGGGCAAAGAUCAAGAUCGAUUACUUUUUUAAAAAAGCUUUUAACAAGAGAGGGUACCUCUUUUGGCUCGUGUGUCUUGCUUUUGUGCCCGGAAUUGCUUAUUAUGAAUUAAAAUUCAAUAUAUAUAUAUACCACACUUCACAGUCCUGAGGAAAAAGUGCUUUGUGAUAAGUAGUCUUUUCAAGACCGCGUUUCUUUCUUUCUUUUUUUCUUUUUAAUUUGUUCCCACAGAGAAUACUAAUGAACUGGGGCUGUUUGAGGGAGACAUCAUCUUAACUCCAGCACAGCGUUUUGCUGUGGACAUGGGACUUGACUUAAAUGGCGGUUUUACUCGCGGAAGCAGUGCGUACUCUCGGCGUCAAUGGCCCAAUGGAGUGGUACCCUACACAUUUGAUCCUACUAUUUGUAAGUCAUUCUUUCAUAAAGGACCUAGUUUAAGUCCUCGCUAAUGUCGAUAACGCCAUGACUUAUUGUCGGGGGAGGGGGGUACUCCCUUAUAUAAGCCAUACAGGUACAGGUAUGUGCCGCCCCAAUCUGGUAGGGUUUUGCGCCGUUUUGGUCUGAAAACGAGUAUACACUUUGCCCAUUUUGGUCUGGAAUCGGGUAGGGUUUUCGAGGUAACUACCGGAGUGUAUGAACGUAUUUACCGUUUCAAUUCCAAAUGUGUAAGAAAGAAAGAGAAACAUGCGAAUUCGAAAAGGAUUUGAAUAAUGUUUUGUUUUCGCUCUAAUCUAAGUAAUGAUAACAUAAUUUCUGCCUAAAGGCCAGGUCUGAAAACGGGUAUGGAAAAUUACAUUUUUUGGUCUGAAAACGGGUCAGGAUUUGAAGAACCGGGCGCCACACCCCCACCAAGAAUUCCCAGGAGUAACCCCCCCCCCCCCUUCCCGGGGAUUUAUUAUCUGAGUGUUACAAAUUGUAUUUGAUUACUGAGCACUGGUAUUCUCCUGUUAAAAACGCGUGGUUGUUACUACUCUUUCACACAAUACAAACAAUACAAUGUUAAACACAGGACAAUAAUGCCAGUAUAUGCGUGUACAACACCACCUAGAGUAGCUUCAGCAUUUUGCUUGAGCCUUUUUCUUUAUGUAUAACGUAUGUGAAAUCAUAGAUUUAUAGGUCGGAUUGCAUUCACUGAAAAGCAAUAUUACAAAAUAACAUGCAUAUGAUAUGACUUAAUUAAAAGCGCUUAUCGUACAUAUUCAGCGUCGGAACCCAUAGCAGUAAAAGCUAUCACUGCGGCCAUGAAUGAAUGGAGUAGCAAGACAUGCAUCACGUUUAAGAAGAGGACAACAGAGAAAGAUUAUGUAGAGUUCUUCAAGGGGAAAGGGUAAGUGUCUGAAUCAAAUAUGAAUUACUCAACAAAACUGCACUCUCCUCCUUUGAUAACAACUGUGGCUGGGCCUUCGACACAACCUUGAUCUACUUGCUAUAUUGAGUCAUUUUUCAAAUAGCUAUUAGCUUUUGACGGCUUGGACAGAAAUUCUGGAAUUAGCUUUUUGUGCUUUCCCCCCCCGUUUUUUAGAUGUUCAUCCUACGUUGGCAGAAUUAGCGGAAAGCAGAUAAUCAAUUUGGCCAGAGGGUGUUGGCAAAUGGGUACUGUCGCUCAUGAGAUGGGUAUGCGACUUUAGACCUAUUUUAAUAAAAAAAAUUAGUUUAGUUUUUUAAUUAACGACGUGGGAUCUAAUACGUUACGGGAACCGUUAAAGCAAAUUUAGCUAUAGUUGAUCAUGUCCUCCCUUUCGCCCGGCCAUGCAUUAAGUAAAUUAAAUGGGAAUACUGUUCCACCAGCAAAAUUUCGAUUCAGUCGUCACUUAAAAGAAUUCCACCAAACUCCAUUACAUAAGCCUGACAUUUUGCAGCUAACGUUUGCAUCUCAUCUUACCGAAAGGGAAGAAUGUCUGACGUUUUUUAUUUAUCGAUAUAUCAUUGUACUUCGGCUCACCACCAAUAUUCAACUUGUUUAAUUACGUGUGCUCAAUCGUUGUAUUCAAUUAUCAAUUUCCAGCUCACGCUCUCGGCUUUUAUCACGAACAGUCCCGUCCAGAUAGAGAUGAUUACGUCACCAUCCGCACUGAAAACAUUAAAGCAGGUAAGAACGAUGAAAUAAUUAUUGGUUUACCUUACCUUCCGGUAAUUUUUCGGAAAUUUCAUCAAAUAAAGAGCAUCGCCAUUACUUAUAGCUUUGAUUUGUUAUUAUCCCUCGUUCAUCGCCCUGCCGGAAUGCAGGUUGUCAAUAUUUCAAGUUUCUGUGGCUCUCUUCGCGGAGAUUAGAUAUUCAGGUUUGAAUGGUACUCUGAACAAGGGCCAUCUACACGAAUAGGAAUUUCCUUGACAAGCUAGUUUUCCUUCUUCACAACUGUUUUUCUACCUUUUCAAAUUAAAACUUGGCAAGCCUCCGGCCAUUUUACACAAGCAGGAAGCAAAUCAACAACGUCAUCAUCAUCAUCAUCAUCAUCAUCAUCAUCAUCAUCAUCAUCAUCAAAUCCUUUACUUUAAUACGAUAACAGUUCAAAGACAAUCUGGGGUCGUGUAAAAACAGGUUAAACGUUAUAACAUUACUCAGGGGUAAAAAAAUUCUGCAAGUAAGAAACCAUAUUAAACAGGAUAACUAUGAGGUUUUGAAUAAAUCUCUACAGGAUCUCUAAUAGCGCUUAAAACUAUUAAAAAAGGCUAAUAGCCCAUAACAUUGCAUGCAUUUCUUGUCAAGUUUUCGUUAAGGAGGGAGAGCUGUUUUCCAAAACUUGUUCGUGGAAACAGUGCUGAUCCAGUGAAUUUUCAAUAAGACAAUCUCCCAUUGGAAAUCGGUAAUAGUGUAGGACCGAAUUUCCGUCAUUUCUUCUUGGCGCUUCGAUCCGUUAUAUCGGUUUCCAUCACAUAGGCAACUUUCGGCCGUGAAACAUACAAUCAUUUUCAGCCCUAUUUUACAUCAUGAGUAGUAACUGUUUUCAUUCAGUGAACUUUUCAACGGGGAGAAUUUAACUUAUGCUCAAUAGGUCAUGUUCAUAUUCCUAUAAGCAAAGCAAUCAAUAAAUAGAUAUUUUGUUCCUUUCUUCUGUCAAAAUAUAUAGGCUUUGAGGUCAACUUUAAGAAGCAGAGUUCUUACUCGGUCGAUUCCCUCGGCACUCCAUAUGAUUAUGGCAGUAUAAUGCAUUACGGUGCAAGUUACUUCAGCAAAAACGGACAGCCAACAAUUGUAGUCAAGAAACCUGGGGUAAGACCAUAUAAUGUCAUAUAAGUUUGAAAUGGGAAUAAAAGACUUCGAUUUGGCACUUACUGACCUUUGUUUUCAAGACACUUUUAGUUACUAUUGUAUUAAGUCUCUACUCAGACGGCUUCUAUGUUUACGUGAUGAUCUGAGCCAUUGCAGCGAAGGUCUAGCCUCUUUUAGAGAGCAAAAGGAAGUUUUCUUCCUUCGGCGUAUAUUUUUUGUCCCGCCAAAGUAUUGGUCUGGUCCUGAUCACAUGUUAACAGGCAGUUCUCGUGCGGCUUUAAACCCCCAGGCUCAAAUCGGCCAGAGGAGAGGUCCCAGUGCUAUUGAUGUCAAACAGAUGAAUCUGCUGUACAAAUGUAAAAACACUGGGGGUGGGGGUGGU